AAAUAAGGAGGCUGCAAAGUUCAGAAUCCACAGAACUCGACCUGCCCUGAUAGCGUCUGAGCCACCAUGGGAACCCGCGGUGACGUGUAUCCAUUGGGGCUCUGCAUCGCCCUGUGCCUGGGGGGGACCGUGGCCCAGAAUAAUGGCGUACAAGGUACCACUGAGGACUGCAACAACCAUCUGCUAUGCCCAGCAAACGCCAAGUGUGUGAACAACACCCACUGCACCUGCCUGGAUGGAUACCAGUCACAUGGGAAUCACCCCGUCUUCUUCACCGACACAACGGAGAUCUGUGACGAGCUGAGCUCGUAG